AUGUUCUUGACAGAGGAGGAUUCCAGGAAUUGCUUCAAGGUAUUUUACGUCAGCAUCAUCCUUUACCUCGUAUCUCUAGGUGCGAUCAAAACAACACUCCUCUGCCAAUACUACCGCGCCUUCGCCACAAACAAGAUGAGGACAGUUCUUCUCGUUGCCAUGGUACUCGUUUCAACCUGGAGCAUUUCUCAGAUAUUCCUUAAUAUCUUCAUUUGCACACCUGUAGCGGCGUUCUGGGACCCAGCUAUCCAGGGCAAAUGCGUUCCGAAACAUCCAAUGUGGUACAUCACUGCAGCUGGUAACAUCGCGACGGACAUAAUAAUUAUAGCAAUUCCCUUGCCUGUGGUGAUGAAGCUAAAGCUGGCCCGUCGGCAGCGCUUUGUUCUGCUUGCUGUUUUCUGCGUGGGCUUUCUUACUUGUGCUAUUUCUGUAGUUCGAAUUUUCUAUCUAGAUGGCCUAAAAGAUAUCUCCUGGGAAAAUGUCGACGUGGCGUGUUGGUCGUUUGCUGAACUUUGUUGCGGACUACUAUGCGCUUGCGUUCCGACGCUACGACCUCUUUUUUCUCGAUACUUCCCGACAAUGUCCAGUCAUAAUCGCUGGAGCAAGACAUUCGCUAUCAAUCGGCUACCGGAUCCCGACACCUUGAGCCAUUGCCACGAUACCGAACGACAGCACAGGCGCCAUAUACAGGACGAUUUGCUUCAAGAUAAUAGCCGACCAAUAAGGAUACUGUGCGUGUCGGAGUUCACAGUGACAGAGACAAAGUAA